AGGCUUGAGCUUUCUCGGCUUCCGUAGCUCGGAGUCGCGUUUCCCAAGCCAGCGGUCCCGGGUCGCUGCUAAUUAGGGUAGGUUCCGCAGCCCUACAGGCGGAGCCAGGGUCCGGAGCCUUCAGCUGGGGCAGCAUGGCUGUGUUCCGAUCGGGACUUCUAGUGCUGACGACGCCUCUGAGCUCCCUGACCCCUCGCCUGGUGCCCAUCCUAACCUCAGCAGCCCAGCUGGUGAAUCACACGCUCUAUGUCCAUCUGCAGCCUGGCCUGAGCCUGGAAGGCCCUGUUCAGCCUGAGUCCAGCCCUGUGCAGGCCACGUUUGAGGUCCUCGAUCUCAUCACGCACCUCUACGCAGGCGCCGAUGUCCACAGGCACCUGGACGUCCGAGUCCUGCUGUCCAAUAUCCGAGCCAAGAGUGCCUUUCUGCCUCCCCAGUUCAGCUCAGUCCAGAACCUGGCCCGCCCGCCAGAAGUGGUACUGACUGACUUCCAGACGCUGGAUGGCGGCCAGUACAACCCAGUCAAGCAACAGCUAGAGCGCUAUGCCACCAGCCUUUACAGCUGUUGUCCGCAACUGGCUUCGGUGCUGCUGUACCCCGAGUAUGGGUCUACGGAGGUAUCCGUGGAGCCCCAGGAUGCCCCCUCAUCCUCUACCAUCAAGCCAGCCUCCCCUGUGGCCAGGUCUCCAAAGCAGCCGGUGCGUGGCUACCACCGUGGAGCCGUGGGUGGCACGUUUGACCGCUUGCACAAUGCCCACAAGGUGCUCCUCAGCGUCUCAUGCAUCCUGGCCCAGGAGCGACUUGUGGUAGGAGUAGCAGACAAAGACUUGUUGAAGAGCAAGUUGCUCCCUGAGCUGCUCCAACCCUAUGAAGUACGUGUGGAACAUCUGAGUGAGUUCCUGGUGGACGUCAAGCCCUCCUUGACUUUUGAUCUCAUCCCCCUGCUGGACCCCUACGGGCCCGCUGGCUCUGACCCCUCCCUGGAGUUCCUGGUGGUCAGCGAGGAGACCUACCGUGGGGGGAUGGCCGUCAACCGCUUCCGCCUUGAGAAUGACCUAGAGGAGCUUGCCUUGUACCAGAUCCAGCUGUUGAAGGACCCAAAACACAUGGAAAAUGAAGAGGAUAAAGUCAGCUCCUCCAGCUUCCGCCACCAAAUGCUUGGAAACCUGCUGCGGCCACCAUAUGAGAGGCCAGAGCUUCCCCCAAAUCUCUAUGUGAUUGGGUUGACAGGCAUUAGUGGCUCCGGGAAGAGCUCAGUAGCUCAUCGGCUGAAGGGCCUGGGGGCAUAUAUCAUCGACAGUGAUCACCUGGGCCAUCGGGCCUAUGCCCCGGGUGGCCCUGCCUACCAGCCGGUGGUGGAAGCCUUCGGACCAGAUAUUCUCCAUAAAGAUGGCAUCAUCAACAGGAAGAUCCUAGGCAGCCGGGUGUUUGGGAACAAGAAGCAGCUGAAGAUACUCACAGACAUUAUGUGGCCAAUUAUCGCAAAGAUGGCCCAAGAGGAGAUGAACCUGGCCGUGACUGAGGGAAAGCAUGUGUGCGUGAUUGAUGCCGCCAUGCUGCUUGAAGCCGGCUGGCAGAACAUGGUCCAUGAGGUGUGGACCAUUAUCAUCCCUGAGACUGAGGCUGUCCGGCGCAUCGUGGAGCGCGAUGGCCUGAGUGAAGCUGCGGCACAAAGCCGGCUGCAGAGCCAGAUGAGUGGGCAGCAGCUUGUGGACCAGAGCCACGUGGUGCUGAGCACACUGUGGGAGCCACAGGUUACCCAGCGCCUGGUGGAGAAAGCCUGGAACCUCUUGCAAAAGCGCAUUCCCAAGAUGCCAUCAGGCCCAUGAGUGACCAUGAGUUCUCUGUGGGGUCAGAUUGGCCCCUGGAGCUGACAAGAGACCCAGUGGUGAGAGGAGUGAGGGCCUCAAUGCUUGCCCUGGCUCGGACCUAGGGGGCUGGAAGCUGAGCUGGGCAGGGCUGGGCCUACUCAGCCUGCUCGUAUGUGGCCAGCACUGAGGAUGUGGCUUAUGGAAGAGCCGGCCCCUAUGCCGUUCCAUCCCCACUCUGGUUCAGGUGUGUCUUGUGAUAUCCACAGCUGAUGGGCCAGGGCAAUCACUGGAACUUUUAACAGAAUUAAAGAUGAAUGUUUCCAGGUGAAUGUGUUGUGUCUGCUUCCUGCUCCGAUACCUGUGGGUAUCUCUGGAACCCUUGAGUUGCAAGUGUGGGGCUCAGGCAUGAGCUGGAAGCCGGAGAGUGCAGUGGUUAAGAGCAUGGGCUUUGGAGCUAGCCAAACUGAGGUCAGCCCUGGCCUACCACUGACUAGCAGUGUGCUUUUGGAUACGUCACAGACUUAUCUAGGGACCUUAGUUUCCUUACCUGUAAAGUAGGAUAAAUUGGCUCACAGGGUCUUUGCAAGGAACAAGUAUACUGCCAGACUGGCCUGGGUGUUGGGAGAUCAUCCCUAAACAAGCCAGACGGCAUCUCUGCCCUCACAGAGCUUGCAGCCUGGUGGGGU